AACUUCUUCAUCACCUUAGUAAGUUUUUAGAUAAUGAAUUGCACUCAACAGAUCAGUAUAUGAUAGCAGAUUCUAUUUGGUCUAAGCUGAAUGAAUAUUGGUAUAUGCUUGAAGAAUCAACUACAAUUGCUACAAUUCUUGACCUCUCAUCUAAGCUUAUGACUUUUCCUGCUGGUGAUAAAAAAGAUGCUGCACUUACUAGUUUACAAAAUAUAAUGACUCAAUAUAAAACACAAGCCGAAAAUGAGUAUAAGUUUUCAACACUUGCAAAAAUAGCAUAUAAUCAUUUUGCAAUUCAAGGAUUGAGUGUUUCUUGUGAAGAAGCCUUCUCUACUGCAGCAGAAACACUCACAAAAGUUCGUAACUGCCUUGAUCCCCAGACUGCUCAUGUAUCACUUUGCCUAAAAAGUUGGAUAGAGCAAGGUGUUG